AUGGGCUGCAACAGGUAUCUGUUUUUCUUGUCUAUAUCUGCCGCCUUUUGCUGUGUGGCCGGUAGUCCAUCCGUUCCAGAAGGCCUUCCCGCAGAGACAGAUAGACAUGAGCGCAUCAGCUCUACACUGCCUGACCCGCCUCAAGAACAACACUGCUCCAUGGGUGAAAGUCCUAUUACAAUACAGAUUGCAGCUGACAAAACAGAAGCAACGUUCAAAUGUGCUGAUCCGCUAACAACGCUAGACCCGGCAGACUGUACCGAUCCCUCCUCUUGCUCACCAACGGUGGCAACCCGCGAGGAACUACAUGUGCCCAUGAUUUACGACGAUGUGGCGUGCAAUAAAGCGAAACCGUUAACAGAUGUAUUUCCCGGGGCCACGAGGGAGGAUGAUACUGAUAAGAACGUUUUCAAGCUAAUUAUUCCCAAGGACAACAGGCCACAGAAAGACGUGUGGUAUCAAUGCACGUCCGGCCAGAGAAACACUCCAUGCAAAGUUCAAAUCAGCGUAGCAGCGGCUCUCGCGGACCCGCCGGAGAACCAUCAAUGCUCCCGAGACGGCGGGUCUAUUGAAAUAGAAGUUCUGCCUGAGCAGACAGAAGCCACGUUUAAAUGCGGCAGCACCCUUAUCACCCUAGAACCCGCGGACUGCUCCAGUGACUCUUGCUCACCACUGGGGAUAUCCGAGAAAACCCAACGGGUACCGAUGAUUUGCGAAGACGAAAAUUGUAGCGUACAAAAACCUUUGAAUGAUAUCUUCCCCGGUGCCACGAGAACAGAUGAUACUGUUAACAACGUUUACAAGCUGACUAUCCCCAAAGAAGAUAGGAUAACCAAAGCUGCUUGGUAUCACUGCAAACAACGAGCGCGCCAAAAUCCUUGCAAAGUAAAAAUCAACGUCACAGCAGCUCCCCUUCCGCCGCCUACAUCACCGGAGAACCGUUGCACAGCAGCUGAUGGGGAGCUGGAUGUGAGUGCAUCACCUGAUAAACCUCUCAAAUUCGUCUGCGCCAAAGAGCUUUCUUUGGAACCGCCGAACAAGGAGACUGUGUACGACAACAGCGACGGCCAAUGCCAGAAGGCGGUGCAACUGUCUACUCUCGUAGAGGCGGAACUGACGGGAGAGACUCAGGAGGAUGCACUGGUACAGAAGGAUACCACAUACACUCUGACUGUUAAAAAACUGCCACCCAAGCAGACGCUGCUCUGCUACAAGUGCGUGGCGAGGGAAGCACGAAUGGAAUCCUUGAGGAAGUCAAACUCUCUUGAGGCGAACAACGGGUGCUUGGUUAAAGUGACAAUUGACGCAGAUCCUACGGCAACGACUACGCCAAAUACACCGACUGAGUCGACACCGACAGAGACUCCAUCGAUUCCACCGACGUCGUCAGCCGUGGCUCCGAGGGGUACACUUGCGGUGACUUGCGGCCUGGUGGUUGUGAGUUUGUGGGCAAUCGCGAUCUGCGCGAUCUAG